UACUUUACUGCCCCAAUAAACUACUGUAUUUUAUAUAUAUUUGCUUCUUACUAUAAGAAAUGGUAAACAUUAAACAACAAAAAAAAAAGAAAUGGCAAACAUUACUCCCAGAUGUUAUAAUGAGCCCUCAUAUACCCGUUACCCAAAUUUUCUUUUAACUAAAUCACAAUCCCAUAACAAACCCUACCACUCAGAACAAAUUGGCAGUCUGUGGUUUAUACAUAAUCUAUUAGGAAGCCCCAUCUUUCAUUGCAUUAACUGCCCCACCCCCUUGGCACUAUCAAAUGACUGCUUCUUGACAACUAUUUUCUUGCUAUUUGAGAACCUGGAGCCCACCAGAAACUAAGUGCCUUUACAAACAUUAAUUAUAGCAAAUACUUCCUUCGGAUUUAACAACAGGCAGGCCCUUGCCAAGGGCUUUAUGUGCAUAAUCUCGUUUAAUCCUGUGAGAUUGACGAUUUGGUCAUCAAUGAAAUGAAAAUGGAAAAAAAAAGGCACUGAGAUUAAUAAAACUGCAAGAUCUAAGAUCUAAUACAUAGUGGAGUUAGGGUUUGCACCCACUCUGCCUAAUAACCAAUAUCUUCUAACCCUUACAUCAUGUAUUCUCUUCUAAUGAUAAACAUUAAGUGAGUGAACUUUUCUCAGGGGUGUACAUACUGUUUCCCCAAUUACUUCAGAAAGAAGGCCUCCCAUCCACUAGGCCCCAGCACCUGGUUCAUACCUGUUUUAAAGAACUUACCAGGCUGUGUACUGCAAUGAUUUGUUUUGUUUACUCAGCUAUUUUUCUUUUUACUGCUCUCAAGGCCAGGGACUGUCAUUCAUUUUUAUGUCCCUAGGGGCUUAGCUGGCACACAGCUGGGCCUCACAACAGUCUGCUAAGUGAAUCAAUGAAAGAAUCAGUCUGCCUCUUUUCAGUGCUAUACAACUGAGCAGAUAUCCAGCUCGGAUACAGGUUGAAGGGCCACAGGCUUCUACCUGGAGGGCUCAGCUCCCAUUAAUUCAUAAGAGACUCUGGACAUGCCAGGGUGUAUUAUGGAGUGAUGGCAUUUAGAAGAGGGGGAGGAAGGCCUGAACACUGUAAGUAAUCUAUGAUUGGGUUGGAAAACAAGGUUGAAGUUACUCAUUAGCAGGUGAAAGGGUCAAGGGUCAAGGCAAGGGGGCUGGAAGCAGAGUGGACUAAGUAACAAGGGGGUGGGGGGAGAGCAGUUAAGGCACCAGCCACUUCACGAAGAGCACCAGCUCCCUGCUACCUGAAGAUGUUCCACCAAGUAUGGGCAGCUCUGCUCUAUCUCUUUGGUAUUCUCCUUAACUCCAUCUACCAGUGCCCUGAGUACAGUCAACUGACAACUCAGGGAGUGGAUGGGAAAGAGUUCCCAGAGCCACACCUGGGCAGGUGGUACUUCAUCGCAGGGGCAGCUCCCACCAAGGAGGAGUUGGUGACUUUUGACCCUGUAGACAACAUUGUCUUCAGCAUGGCUACAGGCUCUGCCCCCAUGCAGCUCCAGCUUCGUGCUACCAUCCGCAUGAAAAAUGGACACUGUGUGCCCCGGAAAUGGAUCUACCACUUGACUGAGGGGAGCACAGAUCUCAGAACUGAAGGCCGCCCUGACAUGAGGACCAUGCUCUUCUCUAGCUCAUGCCCCGGUGGAAUCAUGCUGAAAGAGUCAGGCCACGGUUACCAGCGCUUCCUCCUUUAUAAUCGCUCACCACACCCUCAUGAGACAUGCGUGGAGGAGUUCCAGUCCCUGACCUCCUGCCUGGACUUUAAGGCCUUCUUACGGACUCCCAGGAAUCAAGAGGCCUGUGAGCUGUCCAGUAACUGACCUGUGGCUUCAUCUGUGCCCCAAAUGGAUAUGGUGAGAGCUACAGUUGUGCUGGGGGAAGGAGAAGCUGGAGACUCCCAACUCCCUUUCAAGAGUAAUAAAGAUGAUUUUUCAGUCCUCAUCUCA